AAAAACUCGCUGAUCAAAGUGCUGUGCUGCACCAGCUAUCAACUGUAAAAAUGUCUGGGUCUUCAAGAACAAUUCAUGUUUGUCAUGCUUGUCUGGCAUGACUCUUAAAUCUUAACGCUGGACCAGGCGGUGUCAAAUUGAAUUCAAAACGAAUUCAAAAUGAAUUCAAAAAGUGAGCACUUUUGAAAUGAGCCACAAUCCGCGAUGCCCCGGACUCUCAGCGGUUGCUGCCCCGGCAGCUUUUGGCGACCUGGUAGCGCCGCUGCCUGCUGGCUCAUUGGCUCGGGGGACGGGCUCAACCCGAAGAGCUGCUCCGCGCCGUACUAGCAGUGUUGCUGAAUGAUGACCGAGGGCCAGAGCGAUGCGCUCUGAUUCACUUUCCGGCAUACACCCGCAUCGCCUGCGAAGGGCGACGGCGCUCUGUCGUGGCUUAAAAUUUCGCGCCACUAUUGUGUAGCGCCUGUCUGACACGGGUGGCGGUCUAGUCAUUUCCGCGGCCGGCGCUAUUAUUGGCUUUGGCACUUCAGGCAGGAACGCUACAAGUGGCCCGCACGAGCGCAGAAGGGGGCUGCGCUUUUUUGCGGCGCUAAUUUGGGAUCGGCGCAACAAUUCUAAAGCUCAUCGGGGAGUGGAUCUCAAUUUCAAACUCCAUCCGAACGACCGGCCCCAAUUCAAACUCCAUCCGGACGACCGGCCCCAAUUCAAAACCCAUCCGGACGAUCGGCCCCAAUUCAAACUCCAUCGGGGCCAUCGGGGCAAAUUCAAAACUCAUCCGAAUUCUGUCGGAAUUCCGUCCGAAUUUUGUCCCCUACUUGGCUUCUUGAUUCGGACGGAUUCUGACAGAAUUCGGAUGGAUUUUGAAUUGGUGGGGGAUGGGAUUUUGUGGUCCGGGCCACCAGAGUUGUGCCUCCAGUCGACUUCACCUACCGAGACCAGCCUGGGCGAUCUUGGGUGGCUGACCGCAUUGGGAAUCGCGGCCGGGGAUGGCCUCGCCCCUGGCGGCAUUUUGUCCAGUAGCGUCACAUGCAAUAUGCACAGGCUGACUUGCUUGGGCGCUCGCCGGGCCAAGCCGCGACCCCGACACCGAGGCCAGCCAUGCUCCUAACCGCAUGCGCCGGCCCCCGACGGUUCCCGGCAUUUUUCCGUGGCUGGGCAGGGUCUUCUCUUAUUACACCGGCAGCACCCCCCUGGCGCCGAGCCGGGUUUCAAGGAUCGCAAGUUAAGGCAUGAUAACAAACUUCGGCCGCCGGUCGAACCAAAGCGCGCUCGCCCCAUUUCCCGGAAGUUCCUUCGCAUGGUUGGAUCCAGUUGCCGUUUCGCGCCUGGUCCGCUGGACCAAGCACAGGGCGCAGCGUUCGUGUGAAAGCGGCUACAGGCCGUUUUCUAUAGCUGUCGCGCGCCGCAUUUGUUUCGCCCGAUUCGCCCCCUCGGAGGGGCGUUUUUUUGAAAAUGCCAACUUUUUGAAUUCAGUUUGAAUUCCGUUUGAAUCACGAUUACAUUCCGAGCGGUCUAGAGUUAACUUAAAUCUGUCAUGCACGUUACCCAAGAGCUCCGUUUUUCUGUGAUGCAGAAGCGCAGUUUGUCAUGCAGAAUAGGCAACACCGAGAAGCUCAGAAACUUGUCAUGCUGAGCCAGCAUUUGUAGCCUCAUCAUGAGACGCCACCCAGCAUCACAAGUUUCCAGACCCAGACAUUUUUGCAUUUGAUACCAGCACGUUGGCCGCCGGGGUGAAUUUGCCCGCGCGGCGGGUGAUUUUCCGCGGGAUCAAGAUCGGCUAUCCUGAGUAAAAACGUCCCCACACCAGAGUCAAGAUGGGGAUUUUGCAACACAAACCUAAGAGCUUUGGGAGUCACGCAUGACAACUUGCACUCCGUAGUGUAGUGCAGGUUAGCAAGUGCAGCCGCAUCACAGAUCCGUCUGCUUAUCCUGUUCAGAGCAUCACAAAUUCCAAAACACGAUUGGAAAUGCCUACCAUGGGUAUGCGCAUCACAAAUGUUCUUGUCAAUGCAAAUCUGCAUGACAACUCUGGGGUGGGGACGUUUUUCUUGAGGAUAUCGGCCAGGGGGAACUCACCGUUGCCCAGUACAAGCAGAUGUGUGGCCGCGCUGGCAGGAAGGGCCAGGGCGUGCAGGGGGAGUCGAUCAUUUUGUGCAACGACUACCGGAAGGGCAUGCGAUUGAUGAACGAGAAGAUGACGCCUUUGAAAUCAUGCCUGGACGAAGUGGGUCUGAAACGCCUCGUGCUGGAAAUGUUGGCGGUGAAGAGAACGAGUGGCGGAGGUGGGGCCACGAAAAAGAGCAAAAAGCGAAAUCAGAUAGACGGCGGUGGUGCAGCUACAACAACUACCGGGGGCCCGGUUAAUAGCAAUUAUGGUCUGAUAGAGCUCUCCAACUGCACUUUUCUCGUGCAUAACAAGAG